UCAGGUUCGUGGUAGUUUCACCUGAAGAUGGGGUGGCAGCGCYUGUUGCCCCUGUGUCUCCUGCUGGGGGCGCUGUUCGCAGGACUCCRUGCUCAGGACGACUGUGCACGAGGCGCGGCAGCCGAUGUGUACUUUCUAGUGGAUUCGUCGUGGAGCAUGGGGCCGGAGAACUUUGACCUGAUCAGAUCGUUUCUGUACAGCCUGAUAAAAUCGCUGCACCAGGUUGGAGGAGGGAGGUUUAAGUUCGCCCUCACCCAGUACAAUAGCAGGCCCCGAACCGAGUUCCACCUCAACACCUACCCAACGGCGCCGGACGUCCUGGCACACGUCAAGGCCAUGCCGCACCUCGGCGGCGGCACCCGGACCGGCCUGGGCCUGGACUUCCUGAUCCGAACACACCUGACGUCUGCGGCGGGGAGCCGCGCGGCCGACGGG